AUGCAAAAUCACUUUCUACUAUAUUUUUAUUUACUUGCUACAGCUUUUGCAGUAUGGCCCUUUAAUGAUGAAGAAAAUACACUAGGUGCAACACCCUCUACACCAUGGUGGGAGGGAAUUUUUGGAGGUGGCUCCAGCACCUCAUCGCAAGCUUCGUCAACUGGACUACAACAAGCCACACUGUCACAAACUGUAGCAGCUACAACAACAAACUCUAAUUCCCCCUCAUCCAGCCAAGCACGGUAUUCUAAUUUAUUUGGAGGAGGACCUAGCUCAACGCUGGUCAGCAGCAUAUCAGCACUUUCAACCACCUCACAACGGAGCUCAUCCGGUUCUAGAUCGCUUACAUCCUCCGCUUCAUCGACAACUUCGGAAGGUGGAAUAGAAGGUUGGCUUGGGGGGAUUUUCGGUGGUGGGUCAAGUACAGGCUCGUCUCAAUCGCAAACCACAGACGAAACUCAACUGAACGCAGAUGGAGACGGUGUUGCCAAUCCGUAUUCUCCAGUCAAUGUCACAUGCCCUGAAACUGCUCUCAUACGUGAGGGGGAUGGAUUAUCCGACAAUGAAAAGAAUUACAUUGAGGCUAAACAGGAGCAGACAAACAAAUAUUUAAUCAACUUUUUAAACAACAGAGCCAACUUGAGUGACUUUGAUGCCGAAUCAUUCAUCAAUGACAAUUCCGAUGAACACAACAUCACAAUUGGGUUGGCUUUUUCAGGCGGUGGUUAUAGAGCUAUGUUGGCAGGUGCAGGGUCUGUCUUGGCUCUUGAUGAAAGAUUCGAAGAUGCAAAUAAUAACGCAUUAGGAGGGCUUUUACAAGCUUCAACUUACUUAGUGGGGCUCUCAGGAGGGUCUUGGUUGGUUGGUACUUUAGUUUUAAAUGACUGGAUUUCCAUUGAGAAUAUUUUGAACGGCUCGGCCCAAAUUUGGGAUCUUGAGACGUCAAUUUUGGAUCCAAAUGCCGGUGAUUUGGUAUCAUUGGCCAGAUUCUACACUGGGGUGGGUACUGCUAUUGUCAACAAAAAUAGAGCUGGUUUCAACACUUCUAUCACCGAUAUCUGGGGCAGAGCUUUGAGUCACCAAUUUUUAGACGAUUCCAGUGGUGGUGCUAAUGUUACUUGGUCCAGUGUCCGUAACUUGACCAGCUUUAAGGACCACACAAUGCCCUAUUCCAUAUUGGUAGCUAAUGGUAAGACUGUUGAGGCCGAAGUGAUUAGCCAAAAUCUGACCUUUAUUGUGGAAAUCUCGCCAUAUGAGUUAGGUAACUUUGAUACGUUGAAUGCAUUUGUAGAUAUCGAGUACUUGGGCUCCAGCAUUGAAGAUGGUGAUUCACAUCAAUGUGUAAGGAACUACGAUAAUGCUGGUUUUGUCAUGGGAACAUCAUCAUCAGUAUUCAAUUCAGUCUUUUCAAACUUGGAUGACUAUGAUGUCAGCACAAUACUUAGACCCAUCUUUGACCAAAUCAUGUCGGUAGUCAGUGAUAGCAAAGAUGAUGUGGCGGUUUAUAAACCUAAUCCAUUUUACGAGUCCUCGUAUGCUCAAGAAGAAACGAUCAUUAAUAAUAACACUUUGUCUUUGGUUGAUGGUGGUGAAGACGGUCAAAAUGUCCCAUUUUACCCCUUGAUUCAAACCGAGAGAGGAGUCGAUGUAAUCUUUGGUUUUGAUAAUAGUGCUGAUACUAAAGAAAACUGGCCCAAUGGAACUUCAUUCACAGAAACUUACAAGUGGCAAUUUUCCAACCAAGGAAAAGGAACUCCAUUCCCUUACGUUCCUACUGUGGACACAUAUUUGAGUAAUGACUUGAAAGAAAAGCCAAUAUUCUUUGGCUGUAACGCAUCGGCUUUAUCUGACCUUGCUGAGUUUCACAAAGACAACGUGGUGAACGAAACGGACAUACCAUUGGUUGUAUACUUGUCUAAUCACCAUGAAUCAUACUUGUCAAAUUUUUCAACCUUCAAAUUGGCCUACGAGAAUGCAGAAAAGACAGGAACCAUUAGAAAUGGUUAUGAAGUUAUGUCUUCUGGUAAUUUGACGGGCGAUUCAAACUGGGCCACAUGUGUUGGUUGUGCCAUCAUUAGGAGACAACAAGAGAGGCUAGGCCAAGAACAAAGUGAAGAGUGUGCUAAAUGCUUCCAAGAGUACUGCUGGACAGGAACAGCCGAAGAUGCUCCCCAGGUUCCUGAGCUUGGAUCUGGCCUGGGAAGCUCUAGUAAUUCUUCAAGCUCCAGUAGUUCUACUGUUUCUUCAAGCCAACAAGGGAAUAAUUCUACAAUUGCUGGGGAAUCUCGAACAGCUAGCGCACUGGCUACUACUACUGCUACUACUGCGACUACCGCUACCACAACUGGUUUGGUUAUUGGCGGUGGAGGAAAUUCGGGAUCCAACAGUUCACCUGCUUCUACUGAAUCGACCACGACCUCAGGUCCUACAACCUCCAAUGGACCUACAGCUUCAUCUUCACCAAGUUCUUAUACUGGUCAUGGAAUCAAAGCUGCUUCAUCAUCUUCCUUCUUUAUCGUUGCCGCUCAAUUAUUUAUGAGCUAUCUUUUGAUUACACCAAACAGAAAGGAUACUAACAAAGACUACAGUAAGCGUGUAAUUCAAGCGCACAAAUUGAAAAUCGUUGAUGAGCAACAACUGAUCGAGCUGGAAGACAACACAUACAUUCUUGAAGGCAAGGACACCCUCAGGAAUAACCCUGACAUCUCUUCAGAAUAUGCCGUCUUGAAGUCUCUUCCCGCUAGCCAGCAAAAGCGAGGGAGGGGGCGUCCUAAGAAAAAAAGAGCAGGAGGACGAAAGCCGAGUUCACAUGUAAUAAAGCCAAUCAGCGAAUUGGUAGAGAAACAGGACAAAACAUUCGAGACCAAACCAGGUUCCAUAGCAAAUAGCGUACCAAACUUGCCCUUGGAAUCAUUUUCUCGAAGACCUGCUAUUCCACUUACCAUAAAGCCUGAUCCAGUACAUGAUUACCGUAUUGUGGAUCAUCCACAAGGAUUUGGAACGGAAAAUCAGCUUCUCAAACAGGAGGAAGUUCGUUUGUUGGAUGUUUUACGACGCUUGGUUGAAGAAUUCAAAUCAGAUGUUCCAUAUUCUGCCCAAUUCAAAAAGCACGUUUUCAUGGCGAUUGACCAGGUACGUGACACAUCUGUGUCGCUUGAGCUGACAGCAAAGUCCAUUUCCAAGCUUGAAAAAGAGAAGGAACAACUACGAGACAAGAUUUUGGUGGUGAAGGGUCAAAGUAGGAAUGUGGCACUUGUAUUGAGUGAGUUGAGAGAAAAGGAGAGAAAUAAGAACCUCGAAUAUGAGUUGAUGAGAUCGAUACAUGAAAGGAUGGGCACUUUGAAACAAGAAGCAAACGGUGCAUCGCCUUUAGGUCUGGAUACCCUGGGGACAGUGGAGGCACAAUUGACUGCUUUGAAACCUCUAUUUAAGCAUGAAGAAGGCAUUGUUUCGAAGUUAAGUUACGUGAAUGAGAAAUUAAAAGACAAAGAAGGGGAAUUUCCAACGUAA